GACAACAUGCACAGAUUGAAGUCCUCGUCGACCACGCAGCAUCUGACACGAAGGUUGUGGCCAAGCGUUUCCCUCGGGCAUAUCUCCAGCAUAGUCCAGAAGUGUUUCAACAGACAAAGCCGGAGGACCAGCUCGAGAAUCCGUGGACUGAAAUAUUCCUGGCUCUGAAGUUGGGGCAAGGCCCUGCGAGGAUGCGGGGUGUUGUUCCAUGCUGGGGCGUGUACCGAGACUCGCGGGAUGAUGUGCUCUUGAUGUUGGAGUGGUCCCCUGGUGGCGACCUCUUCGAGCUUGCUAGCGACUUGGGGGAGGUCGGCCCAGAAAGGGAAGCUACGGCGGCGCACUUGCUCUACUCCUUGCUGAAUGUGGUUACACAGCUUCAUGCCUUGGGCAUUGCGCAUGGGGAUGUCAGCGCGGAGAACGCCAUCCUGCGCGUUGGUGCUGGUGAGGUGGAGGUGGCUCUCCUAGACUUCGCCAUGGCAUUGCACGACACCGACCUCUCGAAAGCCACGGGAGCUCGCGGAAAGCUGAUGUACCGGGCUCCCGAGACCCUGGAAGAGAAUGCCGUCUACGACGCCCGCGCAGCCGACUUGUUUGCAUGCGGGGUGGUAGGCUAUGUCUUGGCGACUGGCACCUACCCUUGGCAAAGCACCGCUGGCGACUGCAAGGCAUACUCCUACGUGCGACAGCACGGCAUGAAGCGCUUCCUCGACAAGAGGACCCUUGCCGUUGGAUCUGCAGGGACGAAG